ACAAGUAAACAUUUGAAACAAACAAGCACAUGAGGCACAUGAAGUGUGAGUGUAAAAAGCUGACAGCACUAUUGCAUAUCAAGGUGUUAUAUGUCAGCAACUGGAAUCUUCCCUUACUAUAUAAAUAUAGUAUUCAGGCAUAAUAGCGUGCAGUGCUCUGAUUGCUGCAAACUUUGACAGAGAGAUGACAAAAUCACUUGUUUUCCUUCUGGCGUCCCUUGUGUUCUGUUCAGAUGUUCGGAUGGGAACGUCUCAGUACUUUGAGCAUCCGAAUCCUGUGAGGGAGAUGGAGUUCAGUUAUCAUGACAAAGCAACGGAGAACAAACAGAUUAUAUACUGUUCUGUUUGUAAGGCCAUCGUUAGAAAACUGAUAUCAUAUAUUGGAAAAAAUGCUAAUAAGGAGGAGGUAAAUCGAAAGCUUGAUAAUAUUUGUACAAAAAUAAAAAUAGCUGGAUGUUCCGGUUUUUUGCGAAAAUAUAAGAAUAAACUGGUCACUGCGCUGCUGUCUGGAGACAAAGCAGUGACCAUCUGUGUCAAAUUAAAACUGUGCAAAAGAUAUACAUAAAAACAAAACAGUAAUGUGAAUACUUCAAGAAUUGGAAUGUUAUUUAUGUUAUCAUUUGUUACACAUUAUUGGAAUAAAUGGAGAACAUUUUUAAAAAGUCUGCUACAUACUUUUCAUGACAAUAAAGUUAAGGCUCUCAA